CUUUUCAUUCAUUAUAGAUUUUUCUUUAUUGUUAUUGUUUCGUUAUGCCCAAAUGCGCUCUAAUUAAAAAUAAAAAAGAAUAGCCUCCCUUAAACAAAAUGGCUACCGAAAUACAGAAUGUGGGUCUGGAUGAUUUAAUGGCCUCUUUGAUGUCCAUGGGGUUUGAAUUUAAUGAUUGCCAAGAUGCUAUAACUAAUGGCAAACUUACAGUUCAGGCUGCCAUAGACUGGAUAUUGGCAGGCAAGCCAGAUAAUGUUGCUGCUACUCAUCCGUCUCUGAAACUGAACCGAAACCAGGGUCAGCUUGCUGGGGGCUCUAGCAAUCCAUUUGUCCAGGGCAAUGUGAAUUCCCUGAGAGUGACCACAGCGGCAGAGAUUUCAUCCUCCGAGGCCAUGGGAGUUGAUGUAAGCGAUGAGACUAUAAUCAGUCGGAGCCAUUUGUCUGAAAAGCAGCAGCACAUCAAGCAGAAUUUUGAGGAGAAAGAAAGACUAGAGGCCAAACGUUUAGCCAAUGAAGAAAAAAAGAAAAAGAAAAUUGAACGUGAACGCAUUCUUAAAGAGAUCCAAGAGGAUAGAGAGAAGGUGAAGCUGACCAAACACCUGAAAACUGAGCACCCUAAUCCUCAGGCAACAGUACAGUCUGCAACCACCUCACACGGCGCCGUCACUCCCACUGAAGCUCCUGGUGGGGAGGAGGGUGGUGCCAGAGCUACAAGUAUACAGGUUCGUCUGCCCUCAGGACAGAUGUUUCGUGAAAGUUUUCCUGUGACCGCCACACUCAACUCUGUGUGGGAUGCGGUCUACAACCAAAUCAAAACUGCCAUCAACGCUCAUUCUGGCUUUAUACAGCCUUUUCCCAGAAGAGAAUUUCUGAGGGAAGAAAUGAACCAAACACUGACUGAGCUGGGUCUGGUCCCUUCAGGGUCACUUGUGCUGAAGAAAAAAGAUGUCCAGCAAGCUACUCCUCAAAAUGUCAGCACAAUGCAGUCCCCCACCAUCAUGAGAGCCCUUGAGCAGUUUGAAGCAGAUGAAGAUGAUGAAGAUGAUGAUGAAGAAGGGAGAAACAAUAUGGCCAUACCUGCUGAACAUCAGUGGGGGAGGGGUUUUGUGGUGGAGGGGGAUGAUGAGCCUAUGGAUGUUGGAGAAGACAAUGCACAACACGCAGUACAAAAUGCAUUGAAUGAUUUCCUCGGGAUGGGUGGCCCUAAUUUUCAAGGUGGGGGUCGUCAUCGUGUGUUUGAAGGUUUUGGCAACAGGCUUGUGCCUGAAGGUGUCCCAGGUGACAAUAAUGUUCACCUGUCCAGGAGAGCUCCAGAAAUGGCAGCUGAAGCAGCGACCAGCAGAUCAGCCCAGCCGCCCCAGCCAGCUCUGACUGAGCCAAGACUCUCCAACCACCACCCCGACCACUUCUACCAUGUCCGCAGCCUGCAGGACAUGUCCAUGCAGAGCCUAGCUCGCCGCCUGACUGACCCGAGAAACCCCAUCUUCUCCAUGUCUGGCCUGUCUGAGGAACUGCUGCAGAAGUUUAUCUCCUACCUAAUGAAAGAACACCUGCUCAAACCAAAGCUUCUCUACCUCAUGCCAAGUUACUUAAUCAAACUAGUCCUUGAUUAUUAUCCUUACACCACUAAUGAGUUGAUACACUCUGUUAGAGUUUUUGUGAACCUUCAGAUAUUAAGCCUGAACUCCUGUACUCUGAUUACAGAUGGUGGGCUGAACUCUAUUAAAGGGCUAAAGUACUUGAAGGUUUUGAACCUGAGUGGCUGUAGUCAGUUAACCAAUGCCUGUUUUUCUGUGAUCCAAGAGUUACAGAACCUUCAGACGUUAAACCUAGAGGGCACUGGGGUGUCAGACGCUGGGGUCAUCCAGUUUGCAGCGUCCAGCAGCUGCACACAGCUCCAACACCUGGAUCUCAGUCGGACCACAGUCACUCAAGAUGUCUUCCAGUCUUUACAAAAUUUUACCAAGUUAAAAUCUCUGUACUUGAAGCAGACUAAGAUCAAUAGCCUGGCUGGUAUAGAGGGCAUCGUCACACUUGAAAACUUGGAUAUAUCUGACACUCACAUUGUCACUGACUCAGUUUUGUGUCUGACCCGACUGCCACACUUAUCUCACAUCAGCUUAACUGGAACCCAAGAAGUCAAUGGGGACCAAGCAUUAUAUUAUUUGAAAGAUAUGAAGAUAACAGGUUUAUUUUUGCCCAGUCGAAUAACAACAAGUGACACGGGGUUAGCAUAUAUCUCAGGCUUCCAGUUAAGUGCCUUGGAUCUGACAAACUAUACAAAUGUUGGUGACCAAGGAAUGGUCCACCUUGGAAAAAUGACCAGUUUAAAGAAAUUAUUACUCAGUAACACCAAAGUGACAGAUGAAGGUUUAAAGCAUUUAUCAGGUCUUGUGAAUCUGGAAGUAUUAUUGUUAGACAGGACACAGGUCUCCAACGCAGGUGCCAUGAUUGUAUGCAACUUCAAACUGUUAAAUGAAUUGAGUCUUUCAGCCACCAGCAUAACAAGUGACUUCCUAAUUCAAGGUUGCCUGAACAAAUGCAUGAAUUUAACUAAACUCAACCUCAGUCGUACAAUCAUCAAAGACAACGGUAUCUCCAACCUCAAGUUGCCAAAUUUACUGCUGCUAAACCUGGACUGCACCAGAGUCCACCCCUAUUCUGAGGGUACCAUCAGGGCAAACUGUCCAAACAUUAAAUCAGUAACCAUUGCAAAUCUCUCUUCCUUAAUGGAAGAUGAAGAAAACUAAACUAUAAAACAACUUUGUAAAUACAGUGUGUACAUAGCUGAUUUUAUAAAGAUUCUUAUGUCGAAACAUAUAUAAAUUGACUGGCGCGUUCAUGAGCUAUCGGUACAUAGUAUGAAAAUAUUUUGAUACAUGAUUUAUUUACUAUCAAUACAAAAAACCUGAGCUCUCACUACAAGAAAACCACAAAUUCCUUGUAUUGUGCAAUAUGUUGGAGCAUGACAAAACUGUGAGUGAAAAACAAAAAAGCUUCUCAAUACUAAUCAAGUCAUCUCAAGGAGUACUUUUAUGAAAAACUGAAGACCAUGUAUUUUAUCACUACAAAACCUAUUUUAAAAGUUUUAAUUUUUUGUUUAUUUUGGAAUUUAAAUCUUUUGUAUGAUUAUGGUUCACAUCUUUUAACUUAGUUUCUCAGUUGAGCUUAAAUUUAAAUUAUAUAAAAUAUGUUCAGUCUCAAAAUAAAAAAACAACAUGAGAAAGUGUU